UUCAUUGUUAUUUUUAUGGAUUUAGAUGGAGGAGCAAGCAACGGGAACAGCGCUCCGUUAAGCGACGUAGCUCUCAGCUGGGCAUUCGACAAUUUGUGUAGAGUGCCGGGGGCGGGGGCGUGCGCGGUGCGGAGGGCGAGGUCGCACACGCAGCGCUCGCGACGCUCUCCCGUGCGUGAUGCCAGUGCCACACUGUCGCAGCGACGGAGAUCAGUGCCGCGUACCGUACGACUGUGUGUCCUACUGACUCGCGGCUAUCGGCCCACGUCGCGCGCGAACUUGUCGCGGCGCAGAAAUAAUCAGUUCAAGUUCAAGUCUCCCGGAGGUGGUCAGCAAUCAUAUAAAACUUUACGUGAAGGAGGCGCCGGCGAGUUCAAACUAAUCGACACGAAGACAACGAAGAACCCAUGCAUGAACGCCGACGGCUCUGUGUGAUCAGUCUGAAAUUAAAUUAUUGAGUGCUUUGUGAUAUUAGAAGUGUUCCAUGCCUCGCUGUAACUCAUACUGUGCUAAUAAAUGUGCCAAGUGAUGAGCAAGA